ACCGGUACCGGCAUAGCGUGACAUGAUAUUCCCGGUUUCAGUCCAAGUCAUGGUUCCCGUAUCGUAUCAUACAUGAGAGAAGGUAUGGUAAGCAAAGAAGGGGGUGUUGCCGGGAAAUGAAAAAAAGAAAAAGAGAAAAAGAGGCCACAGUCCACCGGUACCGUACUGGUAUGGUAUUCAGCUCGCUUUUGGGGGAGAGAAAGAGGAGAGUGCGACGAGACACGGUACCGGUACGGUAGUGGCGCUUAUCCCGAUCUUUGAACCGAUAGUCAGUCUAUCACAGGAAGCUUCCCGAAGAAAAGCGAGAUCCAAAUUCGGCUGCUCUAUUCAGCAUCUCCUUCUUUUGCGCGUGACCGAUUCUGCGACCCCCGGCGAUGUCCUUCUCACGAUCAAACGCGCGAGCGCUAGGGUCGUCCUCCUUUUCCCGAGGUCCCAGUUUUUUAUGCUCCUCGUAGAGCGUUUGGGAGCGAUUUUUCUCCUAAAACCCCAGCAGGCAACGAUUCAGUAUCAGAUAGAUGUGUGCCAGGUUGGAUCAAUGCAUAAGGGGUAUUACAUUGUAUUCACGGAUUCUUCGGGUCGUCUCCUCGGCCUCGGCCGCACCGACACCGUGCUUUCCCUCCUUUUCCUGUGUUUGGGUUUCUGGUUUCCUAAUACCCAUCACCUCAUCAUUUAACCGCUUGCGCUUCUCCUCGGGUGAUUCUGUCCAGAGUGUAUUGUCUCCUCCCGGUUUCUGAGGUGCUUUGGAUCCUUUUCCCGUCUGAAACUUUCGGUUUCGUAGCUUGGUUGGAUCGACUUUGGUUGCCCAAUCCUCCGACUUUGGUGGAACCAACAUCCAUUCGUCACGUUUCGCCUUUCCGCCGCCGGAAUCCUGAACCUUUGUUUCUGCGAAUUGUGCCAACCGCCUCCGUGCUGCUAAUUCCACCUCUUCCUGUGCACCGGUUGGCGCCUGGUUAGCUAAUGCCCUUAAUGGGUAGAAACAGAUGAGGCUUCCUUACAGCUGACGCAGAGCUCGGAGGUAGGGCCGGCCCUAUAUCAUCGUCGCUGCUGGUCUCGUCAUCACCUUCUUCGGGUCCCGAACUUGGCCGUUCAUCGAUUAGAGGCAGCACAGGACCUACUGCCCGUCUCUUUUUUAUGUCUAAUUCAUCUGGCAUCGACGGUCCGACUCCUGAUGGUGCUCUGCUAUUCCCCUCAUCUUCAUCCAGCUUUCUCUUCGCCAGGAUAUGGGGAGGAAUUGACGGGCCAACUGUUCCACCCAUGGCUGCUGUUGAAUGUGGUGAUAGCUUUUGCGUGGCAGUGAGAACCUCGCGCUUUUCGCAUUAGGAAAGUUCGGGAGGGCUGAGGGUAUCAUACAUUAUAUUUAGUUAGGGUUCAAAUGUACGCAUGCGAUGGGCACAUUUCGGAACAUAUCUCGUCUCCCAUCGGGGAAAGCACCCGCAGCUUCACACCCGCAUACCGGUAUCCUAGAUGAGCCACACGUUACCUGCAGAAAGUCAACAUCAGAUAUUAUUAGGCAGUUCUGUGGUUUUAAAUCUCCGAAAUAUCCCGUUCGGCUGUUAUCUGCCCAUCUGUGCCCCGAAAACAUUUAUUCCGAACGAUUGGGGAACUAUUUGAGCCUCCUUGAGGUGGAACGACGAACUCGAGAUAUGCGAGUUGACCCGAUUCCCAACCGAUGAGCUCGAUACCGAACGAGGGCUCGGUACCCGAGACGAGCGAAAGUGAUAGGGGGGAUAACGGGCGUGAGGUUGAGAAUGUUGAAGUCGGGCGGGGCUUGAGCGAGGGAGAACUCGAGGUGAAUGGGGGCAUUCCGCAAUCGAUGACGGACACAACUACUUCAAGAGUUCUGGAAUACCUGCAGGAAGCUAGGGAAGAGGGGAAUGGCUCGGCUUUUAAGGGGUUUAAGCAGGCAAAAAAAUCAGCAGAUAACGAACAUCCAGAUCUUUCCAACUCAAUAAACGGCAAGACCAGCCCUGCUGGUUCUCUUUCUACGCCCGACGAUACUCCUUCAAUACAGGUGGGUGCUACCUCUUGGCGGCUUUACCUAUUGAUGGCUAAUAUCGGGGGCUCGUAGGGGUCAGUGGCGUCUUCGCGGGGGAGCAGCAUUUUGGGGUCUCGAUUUUCACCUGCUCCGUCUCUACGGCCAUUCGACAGACGAUUUCAGUCGCGGUUACAGCCCGCCUCACCCAUAGGAUCACCAUCGCCACGACCUCUUUCGCCCUCUCUCCUUGGGCCACAUUCGAGAUCAUCCUCAACGGGAGAUAUCAGUUUUGGCGAGGCGGAAGAACGGUCAGCACCUUGGGAUGUUGUUAGGUGGACUAAACUCAAGAAGAUAAAAAAUCAAAUAUUUUCUGAGGGAGGAAGGCGUAAUUUUGGUACCCCUACAUGCGUCAUUGCCUCUGCGACAAUUGCACUGGGAACUUCCAAGGGUAUCAUUUUAGUUUUCGACUACAACCAGAGUCUUCAAGGAAUAGUAGGACCUGGUACAAAUGGUAUGCUCUAACACCCACACCCAAGUUAUACUCUUUUCUAACUAUUAUAGCUGUCGAGCAUGGGGCAAUAUCAGCUCUGGCCGUCUCCGCUGAUCAUACCACCAUCGCAGGAGGUCACGACUCUGGGCACAUUUUCACUUGGGAGUUGAACAAGCCUGGCCAACCAUUUCUCCACAUACCCCCUCUCCCUUUGGAUCAGGUUGAAGGCCGGAAAACAGAUGGUCACGUUGAAGGGGUUUCAGUAAUUCAUCUUGGGUUUCUUGGUACUAGACAUACGGCAUUGGUUUCUGGUGACGAUAGAGGGAUGGCAUUCUCACAUUUGGCGACUAGAGGACUAGGCGCAGUUAGGAGGAUUGUAAAAACUACGCGUAUCCUAGGGCGAUAUCCAUUUGAUGCUAGUCCGGCUCCCCGGCCUCGGAAGCCUAGUUCAGUGCUCGGGUUCUCUGUUCUUCCGUUAGGAAACUUCCAGCAAGCGACAGAUACAAUGGGGCUUGUUGCCCUGUUGACCCCUAACCUCUUAGUCGUUGUUUCGACUACUCCAAUUGCACAAACACAAUAUAAAGCUGCUAAGCCCAAAGAGGUCGCUACCGAUUCGGCAUUGUCAGGAUGUUUGGCCUGGUAUCCUUUUAUGAAAGCUAAGAAAGCGGCCGAUGGAUCAAAUUCAUGUCUGAAUGCGAGAUUAGUGUAUGCUUGGUCGAACAUUUUGACUAUGCUAGAGCUUUCGGUUGUUGAGGCUGAGGAUAAUGAUCCCGCUCGUCUACCCGUUUUGGACUUCCGGCCUAAGAGUCGCUUCCGAUGCGAUGAAGCAAUUGCUGCUGCACAGUGGAUCAAUCGUCAGGUAUCUUUCGUAAAUAAAAGAUAUAAUGGUCGUUUUCUAAUGAAAUUUUAGAUAAUUGGUGUUUUGACAGUUACUCAAAGGCUAAUAAUUCUUGAGGAUACUGCAUUGAGAGUAACCGAAACGUUUGAUCUGAUGCCAAAGCAGAUUUUGCAUCUUGAUACGUUCUCAGGGCAACUGCAUUCUCUGAUUGACCGUCUUGAUGACGAGGGAUCAUCCCAUCCACAUGUGGCAGAUGCAUUUUACGGCAGUUUCAAGGCUUACAAAGGAAGGAUGUUUCUGCUAGUAUGUAGUCUCAACUUUCUGUUGUAUAUGUGUGUAUAUUUGUUGAAAAUGGGCGGGCUAAUUUCGGAUAGUGUCAAUACGAAGUUUUGGUUGGUGCAUUGUCCAACUGGGCUGAUAGAUUGCUGGCUAUGAUGGAGGUUGGAGACUUCAUUGGUGCAAUACACCUCGCUACGGCAUAUUACGUCGGGGAGGCCAACAAGUUGACCAUCGGGCUUCCUGAAGACGCGAAAUUACGACAUCCAAUUGUAGAGGAAAGACUGUUGGAGAUGAUGUCUGCGUCCCUUAGGUACGCCUUUGGAAAAAACCAAAAGUCUGCCCAAAAGGGAGUAUUGGGGCGUGAUCAAUUGCAAGAUUUAGCGACAGCGUGUUUCAACGCAUGCCUAAGUAUGGGUACGAUGGACUUUCUAUUCGGCGAAGCUUUUGAAUACUUCGAACAAGGGUCUUUUGAAGGUAUUUUCCUUGAAACACUAGAACCGCAUGUAUUGGAAGGAAGGAUUCGGUCCGUACCACCAACAGUUGUUAAAGCGCUCAUUCCACACUACACUUCUCGCGAGUUCGAUAGCCGAUUGGAGGAGAUAAUCUGUCAUAUGGAUACGAGAACAUUGGACAUUGACCAAGUAACGACUCUAUGCAAGCAACACAAUCUUUACGACGCGAUGAUCUACGUCUGGAACCGGGCGCUUGACGAUUAUAUUACUCCUAUGAUAGACUUACUUUCCCUUUUAGUAGCCCUUCCACUUCCGAAUGAGGUGAAUGAGAACGCGAGCUCUAUGCAUGCUGUAAAUGCUCUGAAGGUGUUCCCUUACCUGUCUUACACUCUUACAGGCCGUGUAUACCCUACGGGUGAAGACCUCCCAGAGCCAGAGGCGUCAAAUGCAAAGGCUGCGCUCUAUUACUUUCUGUUUUUGGGAAGGACAAUAACAUGGCCGAAGCAGGGUGGCAAACCGUUCUAUACAGAUCCUAUUUCAAAAUCGGAGCCCUCCUUUCCCUAUCUCCGACUUAUCCUCAAAUUCGAUGCGCCCAGUUUUCUGAGUGCUCUGAAUGAAGCAUUCGAGAAUCCAUUCUUAAACGGGGGAGCAGAUUCCGAGGACACAGCGUUCAGGCAAGAUGUUUCCGAGGAGCAAGCCUUUUGCAAAUCGUCCAUGAAUCGGCAGUAUGUUGUCAGUAUUCUUCUGGAAGUUAUGGAUUCCACAGAUUUUCCACCCCAAGACACAAUUUACCUGGACAUGUUUAUCGCAAGAAACAUUCCAAAAUACCCUCAAUUUAUACUGCUUUCGGGGAGCGCUUUGCAUCGUGUGAUUGUUGGGCUCUGCAAUUGUCCCGGGGAAGAUAUUGCCGAUGACUGCCAGCUAAGCGUUGAAUGUUUGCUCACUGUUUACCGCCCUCCUGAUAUCGAUGUUCUAGUCGAACUCUUUACCAAUGCUAAGUUCUUCCGGGUCCUCAAGUCGAUCUUCCGAUCCGAGAAACAGUAUGCUAGGCUUAUAAAAACGUACUUUGAGGACGGAGAGUCGCAGGAUACUGUUUUUGAUUGUAUCUGGGAUUAUCUGCGACCAGGUAGCAGUUUGAACGAAAGGCAAACAAAAGAAGUCCGCCGUGUCAUUGAGCAGCACGCACGACAACUCAUGGACAUAGAUUGUGCCCGGACAGCUACCGUCAUCAAUGCGUGUGCCCCUGAUAUCCACAGUGUCAUGCUAGGCUCAAUCGAGGACCAACCCCAGGAGCAGUUUCAAUAUCUUCAGGCAAUCCUCGAACCCUCAGACACCAAGGAAGGAAACGAUUUCAAGCGACCAGCGGUGACACAAAACGUGUCGUUUGUCGAGCUUUAUAUCCGACUCAUCUGUGAAUUUGAGCCUGACCAUGUCAAUACCUAUGUUGGUGGUCUUCAAUCCGGAGAUCUUCGGUUGGACAAGGUGUUACCGGCGAUGGAGAGCAGUGGGGCUAUGGAUGCUGCCGUCAUGUUAAUGGCCCGUGAGGGGGAGAUACGAAAAGCUAUGGAUAGGCUCAUAGCACACUUUGGGACUCUGGAACUAGCCUUGGAAGGUUUACUCGCUGCUGGCGCAAGCGCGCCUAGCCCGCACCCAAACAAUGAAGCAAUAUCUGAGGGCUUGCGUUCACUACAGAAGUAUGCGCAAGUAGGUAUUUGGCUUUGCCAGGGCCAGAUGAAGACUGGGAAACGAUUACUCAAGACCGCCGGAUCAAGACACACAUCCAGCAACGAACCGCUUAACGAAGAGGAACUGCUCUGGUUGGAUUUUGUUGAUACCGUUGUGCGGAUCGCGAGGAACUGCAUCUCCAUCCGGGGGAAGCUACCCGUGAGCAGUCACACACCUGCUGAGACAAAUGGAGCAUUGAGCGAAAAAGAUGCGAUAGAGAUUGACGGCGAAAAAGUAGCCGUCUCACUCCGAAUGUUUGUCCAGACGGUGUUCUCGGCGCUGCUCGCUGCAACAUCCUCUUCACGGACAGUCUCAUUUCUGCGAGUCCUCCGAGCCUUCCUGUCCCGUGCAUCAAAAGCCUCCCCCACUCUCGGAGACCUUCGUAACGUCCUUGGCGACAUCUUCGAAGCUUACAUUUACGAAGAACAGAUUCUCGCCCUAGCGAACCGCCUCCUGGAAAAAGACUUAUUCGUGCAUGUCGACGAAGCCGCAACUCUCCGCCAAAAAGGCUGGCGCCCAGCAAAUCAAACCUGCGAAGCCUGCAAUAAGAAACUUUGGGGCCCCGGCGCCGCUGGCGGUAUAUACAGUGCAUGGGAAAAAGCAAGACUAAAAAACGCCCAGCGGCUCGAAAGCAUAAGGGAGGAGCGAAGACUGGUUUCCGAAGGUCCCUUAUCUGCUGUCGCGAGAGGAAAAAGCCGCGCACGGGUGACAACCGAUCCGCUAGAGGAAACAGGGGAGGCUAGCAGUGCUGGUAAUGCCGGGCAGGAGGAAGCGAAGGAGUUGGUGGUUUUCCAUUGCAGGCACAUUUUCCAUAGGAAGUGUUUAGACAACUUACUCGCUGAAAAUGUCCAUAGCGACGAGUGGGCUUUUAAGUGUAUUGUCUGCAGGCACAAUGGGUAUUGAGAGGUUCACUAGCUUUCCUUCUUCGGCUUUCUUGGUUCCUGUUUUUGUUUCACUUUGCAUGUGAUUGGGAUAUCAUGGUAAUUGUGCUAAUUCUUUUUAUUUUCCUUUCUUGCCCCCCCCACCACAUCCGGGUGCCGUUUCUGUUGUCUCGGGGGGGCGAGGCACGAGAUGGUGGCUGGAUAGCUAUAUGCUGUACUCAGUUCCAACCUUGCGGUUGGCGUAACACCGGUACAAGUUCUCAAGCUUUGCGGUGGUGGUGUGGCUCCAGUGGAACCUGUACGAUACGCUAUGAACUCGCCUAGAAAACAACAAGUCUGCUGUUCUGAU